GGCGCGUGCAGCCUGCACCUCAGCGAGCGCGCCGACUGGCAGUACUCGCAGCGCGAGCUGGACGCCGUCGAGGUCUUCUUCUCGCGCACCGCGCGGGACAACCGGCUCGGCUGCAUGUUCGUGCGCUGCGCGCCCUCCAGCCGCUACACGCUGCUCUUCUCGCACGGCAACGCGGUGGACCUGGGCCAGAUGUGCAGCUUCUACAUCGGCCUGGGCUCGCGCAUCAACUGCAACAUCUUCUCCUACGACUACUCCGGCUACGGCGUCAGCUCGGGAAAACCCUCCGAGAAGAACCUCUACGCCGACAUCGACGCCGCGUGGCAGGCGCUGCGAACCCGGUAUGGUGUGAGCCCUGAGAACAUCAUCCUGUACGGUCAGAGCAUCGGGACUGUGCCCACAGUGGACUUGGCCUCGCGAUAUGAGUGCGCAGCGGUCAUCCUCCACUCUCCUCUCAUGUCUGGUUUGCGGGUAGCCUUUCCCGACACCAGGAAAACCUACUGCUUUGAUGCAUUCCCCAGCAUUGACAAGAUCUCUAAAGUCACCUCUCCUGUGCUGGUCAUUCACGGUACAGAGGACGAGGUCAUCGACUUCUCCCACGGCCUGGCCAUGUACGAGCGCUGUCCCCGAGCCGUGGAGCCCCUCUGGGUUGAAGGCGCUGGGCACAAUGACAUAGAGCUAUACGCACAAUAUCUGGAACGACUAAAACAGUUCAUAUCGCACGAACUUCCAAAUUCUUGAAGAAGACCACUUGAUUUUUACCUCAUUUACUGUGAACACAAGAGUCCUCCGUUUUGCACAUGCUUUAACUGGAUCGCCUGAUGGCCCUAAAGAGUGCCUGACUUUGAGGGCAGUCUAAUCAAAGAGCUGAGGGUGCCUCAGCCUUUUUUGUAUCUAGAGGUGGUUCUCCUAAUUCCCUCAACAUGUUAAACUCAGCAGGCGCGAUCUCCCGCUUCUUUAUUUUGUGGGGAUGGGGGUGAGAGCCGAAUUGGGGGUGGGGGGAAGCUUUCUCACGCUGUGCACAG